AUGGAGGCCUCAAAACCCUACUUAAAAACGAAGAAUCAUCCCAAUUUCGUUAAAGAUCCAAUUGACUCUGUCUAUUCACGAACCGGCUGUUGGUGUCUAGGAUCGUGCGGGAGUGCCCAAGAGCCAUCUCGCAAACGUAAUUUGGCGUCGUUCACUCAAGGGUUCCGGGUUCGAGGGAUCGACUGGAAGUGCGUGUGCUACAUGAUCUCCGAGAUCCAGUACGGGGGCCGGAUCACCGAUGACCUCGACCUGCGUCUGAUGGCCACCUUCGCGCGCACCUUCUUCCAGGAGCGCAUAUUCCAGCUGGAAUUCGAGCUCGCGCCCGGCUACCUGAUCCCGCGAAUGGCCACCGUUGGGCAGUACAUGCAGUUCAUACAAAGUCUGCCGUCACGAGACUCGCCCGAAGCAUUCAGACUUCAUCCCAACGCCGACAUUGAGUGA